AUGGGGCAGCACGGCGAGAAGCAAGGGGAAGAGGCCCUUGCACCAGGAAACCAAGCCGAUGACCAACAGCACUCGCACCCCUUUCAAGACCAGGACGAGGCCGUGGAGACGACCUGUUUUGGAUGCUGUCAAGUAAACCAGUUUCGCCCAGUUCUGGGAACUGUGUUGAGCCAAGUAGAUCCAACCAACGACGAUUGCAUCUACGUCACCAAAGAGUUUCGAUGGGCUGUCCAGCCAAAAACGGCUGCCUCGCACCAAUUGGUGGCCCAGCAACCGACGGCUACUCAAUCGCAAAGUGCUCUUCAAUUGCCUCGUCACCGACGCUCCCAGCGCCUCCACGUCGGCCCCCCAUGCUUUACCGCUUCAGCCACCAGCGCUUGCUGUGCUUAUUGCCGUACCCGACGCACGCUGGGUUUUCCCACCUCUGGCGCCAAAUGCUUUCCUGUGCAUGCCUGCGUAGCCGUGGCUGGCGGCCUGGUUGGCCUGGUGGCUGACAUGGUCUGCUGCCCCAUGGUGUGUGCCACCGCCUGUAUUCAACAGCACCGCCCCACUCUCCUGCAUCAGGAUGUCGCCGUGACCAUCGACACCCGCCGGGGCUGGGCUGGGGGCCUCGCCUUGAGGUAA